GCGUCUCCGACUCCGGAGGACUUGAAGGAAGCUGGUGAUGUCGUACAGCUGCCGAAGCUUGGGAGCGGACCUAUUUCGCAGGAUGCUUCGCUAGAGCUGACCCCUCGCAUGAAGCGCGAUGCCAUCCUCCAGUUCGCGACGCUUUGCUUCUCGAUUUUCGUCUCUGGUUGGAACGACGGUACUCUGGGUCCCUUGCUCCCACGUCUUCAAGCUGUGUAUCAUGUAGGGUAUACGAUUGUAUCUCUUAUAUUCCUGAUCAGUUGUCUGGGUUCCAUUGUGGGCUCCUGUACUUUUUUGUACUUGACUGAUCGUUUUGGCUUUGGUGUUGUCAUCGUCGUUGCCUCUAUCUCCAUGAUGGUCGGCUACUGCCUGGAGGCUGCUGCUGUUCCCUUCCCUCUCUUCGUGAUAUCAUACUUCUUCAACGGCUAUGGUUCCGCUCAUCUCAAUGCUGGCACAAACGCCUUUCUCGCAAGUCUCAGCGUCGGAAAAGCCUCCACUAGGAUGGGCAUCCUCCAUGCCAGCUAUGGUUUGGGUGCAAUGACAGCCCCGCUUGUGUCGACGCAGUUCUCAGGGCUUUCCCGGUGGUCAUUCGUCUAUUUCACCCACCUCGGAAUCGUGUUGACUGCCGCACUAUUGCAGUCCGCUGUCUUCCGGUUUAGGUCACAAGAGCAGUGCUGGCAAGAUAUCGGACAACCUCCACCAGAGCAGGAUUCGGAUGGGUGGUUGGCACGAUACAAAAAGGUGUUCCGCCUUCGUGCGGUACACCUCAUGGCGCUUUUCGCCUUCAUAUACGUUGGGCAUGAAGUCACUGUUGGUAGCUGGAUCGUCACGUACAUUAUCAAGCAGCGCCAUGGUGGACACAGCUCUGGCUACAUUUCCUCGGGUUUCUUUGGAGGACUGAUGCUUGGGCGCAUCGCUCUGCUUCCCGUUAGCAAACUUGUCGGCGAAAGACGCGUUGUCUACGUCUACAUCUGCUCAGUCAUCGGACUCGAACUUAUCGUCUGGCUCGUCCCUAACCUGUAUUCAGGCGCAGUCUGUGUCUCGUUUGUCGGCUUCUUCUUGGGGCCCAUCUUCCCCAUACUCAUGAAUCACGCCGGACGCGUCCUCCCGCCCGACUGCAUCUCCGGCGCCAUCGGAUGGGUCGGCAGUUGGGGCGCUGCCGGGGCCGCCGUCUUCCCUUUCAUCACGGGGGCGAUCGCGUCCAAGGCAGGGAUCGGGGCUUUGCAGCCUGUCUUGGUUGCGAUGAUGAGCCUGCUGUUCAUCAUAUGGAUUACUGUCCCUAGCAAGCGGGAGCAGCUCGCCUGAGGGACUGGUUCCUUCGGGAUUGGUUCCUUUGGUCAUGCAGUAUGUACCUCUUAUAGAUGAUUCACUCAUGACACUCUAGAUGGUUACCUUCAUGACUCCAUGCUUACGACCAUAUUCCUCCUUUCAGCUACAACAUACAUGCGUCAUAGACACUAUGCAACCGAUCUCGCUGUCUGACAACACAUCCUUCCGAGAGAAAAUCCAAUGACAUGAUAGCAGUGCGCGUUGGGGCACAUGUCAGCUAUGUAUGUGCGUUAAAUGUUCUAAAGCUCGAACAAGACGUUGCAUACUUGGUUCAGCCCGCGAAGUACAACAACUCCCGAAUCCAGUAUGCUAACGCACUGUCGCGCAGCACUUUGAAUCCCCAGGGAUACUAUUGAGUUCUGGAACAUCCCUUUC